GAGUCCGGGCGGGUCCCGGAUUCGCACGCCAGCCCUUGCUAGUCUGGGUGGGGGCGGCUUUUGGAGGAAGCCGGAAGCAGCGACGGCCUCAGCUCCAGAGACAUGGCGGGCGUUAAAGCUCUCGUGGCACUAUCCUUCAGCGGGGCUAUUGGGCUGACUUUUCUCAUGCUGGGAUGUGCCUUGGAGGACUAUGGCGUUUACUGGCCCCUCUUCGUCUUGAUUUUCUACGUCAUCUCCCCCAUCCCUUACUUCAUCGCCAAAAGGGUCACAUAUGACUCGGAUGCGACCAGCAGUGCCUGUCGGGAGCUGGCAUAUUUCUUCACUACUGGGAUUGUUGUUUCUGCCUUUGGAUUUCCUGUUAUUCUUGCUCGCGUGGCUGUGAUCAAGUGGGGAGCCUGUGGCCUCGUGCUGGCUGGCAAUGCUGUCAUUUUCCUCACAAUUCAAGGCUUUUUCCUCGUCUUUGGAAGAGGAGAUGAUUUCAGUUGGGAACAGUGGUAGCGCUUUAGCAUCGGGUUUCCUAGAGUUUGUACUUGUCUCCCAUCCCCCACUCUCCAUCAUUCUCGUUUGGCCGGCUGGUUCUGGCCUCCCCUGGAGGCAUAUGAAUGUCAAGAGCAAGCAGAGGCUUAUGGCUUCUUUGGAUUUACAUGUCGGUGCACUUUUCCUUCUUUGUGUGGAACUUGAUGUCACCUCCACAGGAAACACGGGAUCCACGUUGGUUCUUAUAAACAGUUUUUCCAGCUCAUCCUUUUUAUCUGUGACCUGUCAGGAGAAGGAGGUGAAAACAGCCACCUCAUCAGGAUGCCGACAGCGGUGUUUAAGCAUUAAUAUUAGUAGCUGGUGAGUGUCCAGAGCGCUCGAUCCUUGAGGCUUCUGGUCUGAGGAGUCAGCACACCCAGCUCAGGCUGGUGUGACGCUGGGGCCAGCAGAUGGACAGACAGCGGACAGCGUGCAAUGUUAUUUUUUGGCCUUGUGCAUGAUAUUAUGUGUAUUUCAAUAUUUUGUGUACAUAUAGAAUUGUUGUCAUUUCUAGUAUUUACAUUAGAAAAAUGAUUUAGAUACUUGAUCAUUUUAACCAGCAUUUUUAAUCAUGACUCUUGCUAUUGUAAUAAAUUUGACUUUAAACACUGAA